UUAUAUUUCAAUGUUCAAAACCUUUAAAUAAACGAAUUAAUAUGGAAACCGAAGAAGAUUCAAUAUUUAACAAUGACCCAAUUUACAUGAAAAGCUUGAUAGGCAAAAAAAUCAAGAUAAAAACAGUGGAGGAAACAUACCAAGAAGGUAUAGUCUACGUUAUAGACCCAAUAUUUAAAACUGUUGUUUUAUUUUGCAAACUAGUCAAUGGUAAUGGUAGAGAAUACAGUUUAUUUCCACAUCACGCAAUAGAAAGCCUAGAAAUUCUUUCAAAUGAUGUAAAUCUUAGUGGGUUUCCUACAAACGAAGAAUCACUUGAGAAUUGCGUGGAGAAGAAAGAGAAGCUUAAAAGAUGGCUAAGACAUAUGUUUAUAAAUUUUGCUGAAUCUGGUGAUAAUAUUAAAAUAGAUGAUCACUUAGUUAUAGUGCCUCCUUAUGGAAUUGAUAAUUGUAUUUGUAACAAUAUGAUUGUAUUGGAUAAAAUACAGAAAAUUAUUUCAUUGAUGCCUUCUGAAUUUAGCUGA